UUCAACCUUUCCAGUUUGAACCAGAGCAAACCGAGAGAGAUAAUGAAAAUAGUCAACCAGCACUUAGUUUAGAUGAAGAUGAAAACAAUCCGUCACACGAGCACGAGAGAGUGCGGGAAAACUACUGGUGUCUAUGCGGCUACUGCUUGCCAAUGGCAACGGCGACUGAGAAGGACCAACAUGGGUUCAGAAGUCAGCGCUCUGAGGAGGCCGACAAACCUCACAGAAGAAAGGGAGAGAAAAGAUACAGCUGUGAUGAGUGUGGGAAGGAUUUUGCUCACAGUAGCAACUUACGACAUCAUCAAGUUACCCACUCUGGAGUUAAAGCGUACAGCUGUGAUGAGUGUGGAAAGUCUUUUACCCAGGCUGGAAGCUUAAAAGCACACAGACUCCUGCACACUGGAGUUAAACCGUACAGCUGUUAUCAGUGUGGUAAAGCUUUUGCUCGCAGUAGCAACUUACAACGUCAUCAAGUUACCCACUCUGGAGUUAAAGCGUACAGCUGUGAUGAGUGUGGAAAGUCUUUCACCCUGGCUGCAAGCUUAAAAACACACAAGCUCAUCCACAGUGGAGUUAAACCGUACAGCUGUGAUCAGUGUGGUAAAGCUUUUGCCGUCAGUAGAAGCUUACAGAGUCAUAAAGUUAUCCACUCUGGAAUUAAGGCAUACAGCUGUGAUGAGUGUGGUAAAGCUUUUGCUCACAGCAGCGGCUUAAAGGGUCAUAAAGUUACCCACUCUGGAAUUAAGGCAUACAGCUGUGAUCAGUGUGGUAAAGCUUUUGCGCGAAGUAGCGACUUACGAAUUCAUCUAGUUACCCACUCUGAAAUUAAUGCAUACAGCUGUGACAUUUGUGGAAAAACCUUUCGCCGGCUACUCAGCCGAAAUAUUCACCAACGCAUUCACACCAAAAAUGAUUUUUGCUUCUGUGAUCAGUGUGGCAAACGGUUUGUGGCAUACAAAUACUUACGUGAACACAUGUUUACCCACACUGAGGAGAGACCUUAUAAAUGUGACCUGUGUGAGAAGACUUUUAAAACUCAACGUUACCUGAGACAACAUCAACAGAUUCACACCAGAAAGAAACUCUACAAGUGCAGUUACUGUGAGAAGCAGAGCAAAACAGAUGGAUCCAGUUCUCAACCCUGUCACCGCUGUGGUGGUGGGAAAGAGUUUCGUUGUGACCUUUGUGGAAAAACGUUCAUUCACCAGCGAAGCCUAGAACUACAUCAGCGCAGACACACUGGAGAAAAACUGAACUACUGCAAAGAAUGUGGGAGAGGAUUCCCCACAUCAAGUGAAUUAAAAAAACACGAACUCUGUCACACUGGGGUUAAAAACCACGUCUGUGACCAGUGUGGGUCAUCUUUCUUCACUGCAGGUCAUCUUACAACACACAAACAAGACCACACAGGAGAGAAACCAUAUAAGUGCAGACACUGUGACAAACGCUUCUCACAUUCAAGUCGUUGUAAUGAUCAUGAAGAUACACACAUUGAAGGGAACUUCAGCUGUGACCAGUGUGACAAGAGCUUCAAGAAUCUCAGUUCAUACUCCAAACACAAACGAUCCCAUGCUGUAAAUAAACUGUUUCACUGUUACCAAUGUGCAAAAACAUUCACUUCAUUAUCUGCUCUGUGCAAACAUCAGCGUGAUCAUGCAGAACUGAAAUCAGUGGAUCACAAUGAAUCUGAAGAGACAGAAAGAUCAUCUUCUGGUUUCAGGGUCAGACUUAAAAACCUUGAGAUCAGGCUCCACAGAGUUCAGAUGGAGUCUCCUGUAAAGAGUGUCAGCUGAUGUCACACUUGGAUCUGAUGAGGUAGCUCUGCUUUCUGGAGCUGCAGUGAAUAAACCUGGAUCUUAAAUUUGGGUAGCUGCAAGUAUAGAUAUGUACAUCAAGUGUUUUCUUUUUUCUUUGAGAGAUUUUAAUUCUGUAAAAGAAACUUUAAUGUUGAAAAUAUUUGUGCUAUAGAACAGUGGUCCCCAACCCCCAGGCCACGGACGGGUACCGGUCCGUGAGUCAUUUGGUACCGGCCGCGAGAGUUGAGACUCAGGUGUGAAAUGUAUGGUUUUCAGGGUUUUUAUCGGUUUUUAGCGUUAUUUUGUUAUAGUUUUUUUUGUUAACUCGGUUUUCCUGGGUCUUUUCACGUGUGUUAUGAAUAAAUCUUUUUUUCGGUACCGGUACUAGUUUUAUUUUGUUGUAUUUAUCCGCGACACCUUAAAGGCCGGUCCGUGAAAAUAUUGUUGGGCACAAACCGGUCCGUGGCCCAAAAAAGGUUGGGGACCGCUUAUAGAAAAUAAGAGAGGAGAGUUGUUGAUUCUUGUUUAACUCCUAUCUGAAUAGCACUUACCUGAGUGCCUUGCCACCUGUUAGCCUACUUCCUAGGCCUUAUUCCUUGAAGAAAAGACUUACCUGAAGAAGCACCUAUACCUGAGUCAAGUCAUUGUUUAAUCACUCACCUUCACACAUUCUUUAUUGUCAGAU